AUGCUCUCGGUCCUCCAUCUCUCGUCUCGGACACCCCAGCAGCUUACUCCCCCAUCCUCCCUUCCGUCAAGAUCUACUCCUAGACGGGUCAGAAACUCAUCUCCCGCUCCGCUCAGACCAGCGCUACAACUUCUUUCCUUCUCCUCGCACCGUCGUCCUGGUACAUCUAUCCACUUCGGACAUCCCCCCCCUCGCCUCAUCGAUUUCAAUCUCAACCAUAAUCGAGCCAUCAGAUCUCCUCCACGCCCAGAGCUAUCCCUCAGACGCGGGUCAUCCUUUCUAGAUUCAGAACAAACCCAGCCCUACUUCGGCCGCUCAAACCCGGGUCUCUCAUCUCCCUCUCGGUCCGCAUGGCUCAACAUCUCCCCCAAUCCGUCUUGUCACACCGAAUUCUUCAUCUUACGCUCACGGCCACUGUCUCACCUCUCUCGCUCAGCGUCAAUCCGCUUCUCCCCAUCACUCUCAAUCCAUCGUCGCCAUCUUCUAUCCCCAGUCGCCAAAGGUCUCUCUCCUCGAAUUCUCCAAAUCUCACAGAAGUCCCUGGACGCUCAGAUUCCGUCUUCGCUCAAAGGAGGACUGCAUCAAAAGACCACUCCAGAUCCCCAAAAAACCCCCGUCUACCGAUCUCAUCAACCGUCGAAUGAUCAUCCUGAUCCUUACCCUCAAACUCAUCAUCUCAACCCAGAGUACUUCAGCUCUUCAAAAGGUCUUCAUCGUCAUCUCACACUCGACGAGACCGACCCCAUCCCCAUCGGAUCCAACGUCGUAAUAAGCAUCCCGGACCAUCAAAUCCACGAUCCCUCGGAUCAUGUAUCACAGCUGUCGGGGUCAUACUCACGGACUCACAAAUCCCUCCUCUUCACUCUCCGCAUUCGGACCAUCUUCAACACCACCGUUCAACAACCAAAACGAUACUCCCACACUCCAGCGGGAGUUACCUCCCCUCGUUCCCUCCCCCAGAUCUACUCGUCGCCCGUCAUCUCAUCACCUCCAACAGUCCCGAAUCACACUCUCAAUCAAAAACCGGCUCUCGACUCUCUCCCCCGCAAGUUCACAGGUCGCUCCAUCCUCCCUUUCGCCCAUCCCGCUAUCCAUUCCGGACUCGAGCAGCCACCGUAUAUAGGCCAUUCACCCUCCUAUCCCUCACAGAGCCUAACCUUCAACUCCGCGUCCUCCUAUCAACCACCAACACUCCUCCCGGACACACCUAAUCUUCGUCUGCCGUAUCAUCCCAAAUCUGCUCCUCGGCCACAGGUCGAUAAUCUGGCCCUCAUCUCCGCGUCUCCUCGGAUACGCUACUCCUCACCUGGAAAACGAAGCCUCUACCAUCGCCGAUCCUCAAAUGCUCUUCUCACUCCUGCGAUCUUACUUCCUAGUUCACACCUCCCUCCAAUCGUCCCGAAUCAGUCCAUCCACAUCUCAUCAGAUAACCAAGGUCGUCCAGUCAGUUGCGACCACCCCUCAUGUCAGGCGCGGAUUCAACUCCCCGAACAUCAAUCCGCCCCUACCAUCCAACCCUACUACCAGGCAUCAGUCCCUCCCAUAAAGCACGUCUCUCCUCAAUCUCGCUCACUCCUCCGUCAUACACAAGAAGCAUCCCACCCCGCAACGAAGCUCCGGGAGUCUAGCCGUCUGAUCCCCGUUCUCCUCCCAAUUCCCUCUCCUCUGUUCGCUCUCAUCACCAAAGAUCAUGAUCGGCCUGUUCUUCGAAUUCCUCCCUCACAUCGUUCCACGGUCGCCCGUCGGGAAAGACACGCCAUCGUCCCUCCAUCAUCAGACUCAUCACAGUUCCUCUCCCUCCAACACUCAUCUUUCCCUCCUCGGCCUCCUUCUCAUCUCAAAUCCGCCAUUGAUCAUCAGCCCAGGUCCCACGCUCCCUCAGCAUCCCUCCUCACUGGUCCUGAUCUCUCCAUCUCCUCGAGUCCAUCCCAAUCCAGCUCGAUCAUUCAACGGCGAGAAUCGAUCAGAAUAUCCUAUCUCCAACAGCGCUCAGGGCACCACGGACCGCCCUCCUCUCUCGCCAUCCUCCUAGGCUUCUCCAAUCUCCCUGAAGCGGCCACGCACUCUCGUCAUGCCUCUCCAAACUCCCCGUCGCUGCACGAGCCACGUCUUUCACUUCUCUGGUCUCAUUCCCAUGUCAUCUCCUACUCCAUCAUGCCACGCCCCUCCCUCCUUCUCAGCUCUAUCUCUCACUCUCGCACGGUCCAUCACUCUCUACCCCCCUCCCCCCCGCAUCCCCUCCACACACCCCGUCCCACUCCUAAUCACCCACGCGCGCUCCUCCUUCUCAUCCAUAAAUCGAUCUCCUCGCCCCGUCUCGGCUACCUCAUCCCCCUCCUUCAAAAUUCGACCGCCGUAUGCGUCCCGUGUAACAUCGUCACACGGGCCGACUCGCAACGAGCCGAAGUCCCGACGCUCAAUAAAUCUUCGCCACACGAUAUCAUCCACCCGCCUCUUUUCUCUGCCCCGUCCAUCAUCCUGCUCCCUCCUUCCUUCCCGCACGGACUCGAUCCAUCCCCUCUCCUGAGUGAUCCAUCCACACCAAAAGAAGCGACGAACACUCUCCCCCCUUUACGAGUUCGGGGCGAAAUCACCACAAGACCGUCCCCGCAUCAAACCGUCACCUCUGCAUCCUCAGUCCCCUCUAACCUCCCUCCCCGUCCCCCGCACACUCCGCACACCGUUCAGCCACCAGCUCGUCAUCCACUCACACGUAAUCCCUUCAAAAACUCAACCCUCUCGCUACCUUAUCUCCAACUCCCUCCCGCCUUACACCGUCUCAGGCUCCGCUUUUUCUCUACCGCGGGGAGAACUCACGUUCCUCGUGCUCCGCCCCACAAGGACACCGCGUCAGCUCCCUUCCUCUCAUCCCGCACGUACCGCCUCCGGCCGCCAUCUAUCCACAAUUCCCUCAGCCUCCAUCUCUCCAUCCCAUCCUGA